AGUAAAACUUCAAAAUGUAAAUACAAUUGAAUCGAACCAACCUUGUUCUUUUUUGUUCACAAUGUUUCAUCAAUCACUUCUCCAACCUUGUUCUUUCUCCUUCUCCUCAAAUCCAUUUCACAAAACCACAAAACCUUCCUCUUUUACUUUCACACUUCGAUGCCAAGCCAACGAUCCAUCACUUUCACAUUCCGAGGUUGUUGUCUCACCGCAACAACAACCUCUGUCGGUGUCGGCGAUGUCCAAGCUGAUGGAAUCAGAGAACAAGAAUGGACCUUACCCAGGUGGGUUGGGUCCAUUCACAGGAAGAGACCCGAAUGUGAAGAAGCCUGCGUGGUUGAGACAGAAAGCUCCUCAAGGUGAAAGAUUUUCGCAGAUUAAGGAAUCUAUCUCUCAGUUGAAGCUUAACACUGUUUGUGAAGAAGCACAGUGCCCCAAUAUUGGAGAGUGUUGGAAUGGAGGCGAUGAUGGUAUUGCAACUGCUACAAUCAUGGUUCUCGGGGAUACGUGCACUCGUGGAUGUAGAUUUUGUGCUGUGAAGACCAGCAUAAACCCAGCUCCUCCCGAUCCUAUGGAACCGGAAAAUACUGCCAAGGCCAUUGCCAGUUGGGGCGUGGAUUAUAUUGUCAUAACAAGUGUGGACCGCGAUGAUAUACCUGAUGGAGGAAGUGGGCAUUUUGCACAGACUGUGAAAGCUAUGAAGAAUAUUAAACCUGAGAUCAUGGUUGAGUGUUUAACCUCUGAUUUUCGGGGAGAUCUUAAGGCUGUAGAAACUCUGGUUCACUCAGGUUUAGAUGUCUUUGCUCACAACAUUGAGACAGUCAAGCGGCUCCAACGAAUUGUUAGAGAUCCCAGGGCUGGGUAUGAACAAAGCUUAGCAGUUUUAAACCAUGCAAAACAAAGCAAGGAGGGUAUGAUAACAAAAUCUUCGAUAAUGUUGGGCCUUGGCGAAUCUGAUGAUGAGGUGAAGGAAACAAUGAUGGAUUUAAGGGCCAUAAAUGUGGAUAUUCUGACUCUUGGUCAGUAUUUGCAGCCGACUCCCUUGCACUUGACAGUCAAAGAGUAUGUUACGCCUGAGAAGUUUGAUUUCUGGAAAGAAUAUGGAGAGUCGAUCGGUUUUCGUUAUGUAGCCAGCGGCCCACUGGUACGAUCUUCAUACCGAGCUGGGGAGCUCUUUGUGCAGACAAUGGUAAGAGAAAGUGCCAAGAAUGCAGAUGGCUCAUUGUUGUAAUUCUUUACUGUGAGAUUAUGGAUAUAUAGCGAGCAGCUUAGCUAUACAGGUGUCUUCCAUUUCUUUGGAGCAAAAAUAUCCACAUAUUUUGUCAAUUAUAUGAACGAAUUUGUUGCAGUGAGAAAUUAUAUUCAAUAUUCCCUAAUUAUUUUAUUUUUUUGGUAGAAUCAAUAUUCCCUAAUUUAUUAUCACAUAUUGUAAACUAUUUAAUAUUUGUUGCAGUAAUAGAUAUAGUUUUUUUUUUUUCAAUA